AUGGGCUGUGUACCAUCCAAACCAUCCCUCCCUCCAAACGAAAAACAUCAACGCCGAUCCACCAGAGGUGCAUACGCGCCUCGCACGAGCGAUGAAAGCAGUCUCCACGCAUCACGACCCGUUGACAUCUCAUCAUCUCACCGCGCUGUAUCAACCCGCGUUAUGAAUGGAUAUGCGAGCUACCUCCAAGCACAAAGAAAGACUCACAACACACUCGACGAAGUGUCAACUGAACGGCACCCUCAAGAAGAACAAGAUAGAGUGAAGGAAUCGAGAUUGAGCUGGACGAUUCCGGAAAGAAGAUCUUCGCUUGGGGUUAUUAGGGUUAGAGAACACGCCAAUGGAGGCAAUGCAAUCGACGCCGGCAAGCUUGGAGCCGACACACUUGUAGCUGGCAAAGCCGAAGCACAUACAGGGAGACGUCAAAUCGGCCAAUCAAUCAGUAAUCCGGGUCUGAGCGCUGUAUCGCCGCCGAGGCCAAAACAAAAUGAAGAUGAAUUUAGUACUCGCCCUGUUUCUCCUGUUAGUUCGGUCGGUACGAUGAAGUGGGAUCGUCCUGGAAUUAUUGGUAGGGGUUAA